GCUUUUCUCUUUGUUGUUUAUACAAAAUCUAUCGUCAAUUCAAUGAUACCUCGAAUACAUUAGAAUGUUCUAGAAAGUGCCUACGGCACAACUUGAAUGCAUGACGUGUAAAGCCAGAUUUUAUUUAAAACAAAUUCCCAUCAGUGUGGUGAAGCCGGCUUGACAAGCUGUCUGCGUGAUGCGGAGGUGAGAUGGCUGAUUCUUCCUUUCUCACCAGGAAGGCCUUUAGCAAAAGCUUCGUAUCAUCCCUCAGGCAAAUUGGUCAGCGGUAUUCAGGAAAAGCUUGAGGGAUAGCUCACGGGUGAAAUGACCACUGCUAGCUCUUUGCCUUCAUUCGUGCUAUAUCUUGGAAUAGAUUAGAAGGCUUUGCCAAUCAGCCAUGUGGCUUAUAGCCUUCGGCUAACAUUUGCUUAUCCCACAAUUCUCUGAGGGCAUUACGUUUGAUCACUGAUGAGUAAUGCCGCAAGCGAUGAAUUUGAAAGAGUCUUUCCGUAGUCUUCCCGCAGCGAAAACACGACACACUCAGCCUUAUAACAUUUCAUUGACUCAAAGCUGGUAGAAUUCAAUGAUAGCGACGUUUGUCGCUUUCAUCAAGUUCUAUAUACACAACAAUGCCUGACAAUGAAGAUACCACAGGGAGCCCGGUUAUUAAAUCCGCCAAGCUCACAAUCAAACAAGAACGAGUCGACGACGAGGAGGAAAUAUCUAACUGUCACUAUAGCAACCGACGUGACAGCCGUGACGACGACUUGAAUAGCAACACUUCGGGUAACCAUGACGACGAGGCCUAUUUUCGUGAGACUUUAGCGGACGGCGAUAUCACAGUUGUACGAAUUCCCGUCAACGGUCACGAUGAGCACUUCUCGUAUCCUCGUCGUGUCCCCGUAAUGUACCCGAUGCAUUAUCGAGGGGCAAGUCACAGCAGGGGGUCUGCAAGCCCGACGGGUUAUCGAUUGGAAGACAACGAGCUCGCUCCGGAUGCUAGACGAAAGAUUUACGAAGGUGGCUGUUGGAGUGAGUCUCGUCAGGCAAGAAAAGCUUACUCGCCACUACCACCAAGUGCCCUGCACGACAAAACAUCCACUAGGGAGGGAGACAAGAGGCGUAAUUUGUUCCCGACAUACGCACCGGAAGUUGAUAAAGCGAAGCAUCCAAAUGGCUUCCGGAAGGACGCGAGACGUGAGCGGCCCCACGUGCGCGGGGAGGACGGAGAGGAGGAGUCUCUAUGGAAACAGGUUCAGCGGUAUCGUCACCGAAAGCGGCCAGUACUUGGCAAGCUCCACAUUCCGUCACAAGAGGAAACCAUUUUCAUGCAAUACAACGAGAUCCGGGAACGUCGUCUUCGAGAGGGACGCUAUUUGCCGCGGGAACCCUGCGGACGUUCGGAGACAAUUGAGAAGGAGGAGCCCGCACCAGUCUCUCCUCCAUCGCAUCCCUCUAGUGAUGACGACAGCAACCGGAAGCAGGUCUCGGAAGCAGACGUUACGUCAUCGAAUGCGCCUAGUGAGACAAGGAGAGGAGAAAAUGACUUAGAGGAAGCGCCGACCAUGUGCAAUGGGGAUAUGCUGCUUACCACAAUAACUGCAAAUACGGACUUACGCAUGGGAGAGUCUCCCGGGGACUUGCGCACCAAACCAGCUGUUACUUCAUCAAACCCGGCAGUAAUCAGUGAGUCUGAUGUCGUAUCCUUCAAUUCGGGUCGAAAUAGGAUGACGCCCUCUGCACCUUUGCCACGCCCAUAUACCCCUUUAUACCCUGAGGUGCCUUGUGACUCACGCCGACCCCCAAGGUCAGAUACAUACAAUGCCCUGUGCGGUAGAGACGCUCCCUACACUCCUGGGGGACAAUGUAGGCAUAACAACUGUAGCGAGUAUGACGUCAGCUACGGUUCGGAUGAAUGUUGCCAUGACCACCCGGAACGAAGACGCGUAGGAUGUAGUCACCAUUGUUGCUACCCAACUGAGCAGAAGGCAAUGCGCAAGCGCAGAAUGAGCGACCCGGAUGAAUACUGGUCUAAGCUCGCGAAAACUCGAGCAUCGGACUCUCCCAUCGCAUGCAGAGAUUCUAGUCCUUUCCAAAACGAAACGCAUUCGCCGUCAUCUUCAGACUCCGUGGAUAUCAUUGACUCCGAACAACUUCGUGGUUCCCGAUUUUCCACCGAAGAUCCUCCGUACGAGUGCGAAAACUCUCGGGAGUCUGUCGUGUCUUCCGAUACCGUCGCGGAUAAGCGGAAAGACCGUGGCGAUGGCUCGGCUCAGAUGAACGAAGAUGACGUGGUCUGUCAAGUAAACGGGCUGUUCUCGUUGCCAGGUUACCGUGAAACGAAAUACAACAUCAGUCUGGGAGAACUGAAGCGUCGCACAGGGCAGCCCGAAACCCUUACAAGAGUAGAAAUGAUCUCCUACGUGCGACAAGCGAAAACCUCAGGUAGAAUUCUACUGGACAAGAAUAGCAUUACUACAUCGAACCGCUCGCACCCGACCAUCAUGUCGCGCGUGUGCGAGCGUGAGGCACAGGUCCUCGCGUGUGGGUUGCAUAAGAUGAACAUGGAGUAUCUGCCACUUAGAAAGAUGGCGCAGAGGGCGGUGGGCGUUUACAGGUCACGUGGCUGCGAGGGGUGCCAGGAGUGCAGGCUCAGAAUGAGGCGGAAAAUUGUGGAUGUGGAGAUCACGAGAAACAUGCUAAGAGAAAUGUCACGCGUCACGCAAGAGUCAAGCUACAGCGGGAUGCUCGACGCUUUCGACCUCGCAUCACACACGUUCGGCACUCCUAACCUGCUGAACAACAUCAAGCUUAUGGACGAGUAUUUUAGGCAUCUUCUACUCGCGCUAGACGACGAGCACUGAGCUCUCAUAUUUGACGACGCAUACGAUGUCACAUAAGAACUGAAUCCGUAUACUCUCAUCAGCCUAACUCCUAAUGUGACGUCACUUAGACUGUUGCGUCAUGACCUCUUAGAUGCCAUUAAAACUGAAUCCGUUUACACUUAUCAGUGAAUAUAUAUAUGUAACGUUCCAUAUAAUGUCAUGACCUCAUAUAUGUCAUAAAGAACUUCACCCGAGCAUCACUUAUCAGUGAAUAUAUAUAUGUAACGUUCCAUAUAAUGUCAUGACGUCAUAUAUGUCAUGAAGAACUUAACCCGAGCAUCACUUAUCAGUGAAUAUAUAUAUGUAACGUUCCAUAUAAUGUCAUGACCUCAUAUAUGUCAUAAAGAACUUCACCCGAGCAUCACUUAUCAGUUAAUAUAUAUAUGUAACGUUCCAUAUAAUGUCAUGACCUCAUAUAUGUCAUAAAGAACUUAACCCGAGCAUCACUUAUCAGUGAAUAUAUAUAUGUAACGUUCCAUAUAAUGUCAUGACCUCAUAUAUGUCAUGAACUUCACCCGAGCAUCACUUGAGUCCUGUGUAGUAGGAGCAUAUCACCCAUUGUAUUUCGUAGGUUGUCUCAAAGUAACAAGGGUGCGGUAUGAAUAAAGUGAUGUAGUUCAGUAAUAGACAGUGUAUAGUAUUUACCUUCACAUUCGGAAGGGAAAGAUAAUAAAGUUAUAUUCACUGUG